AUGACUCGAGCGUUCCUCCUCCUCGUCGCGCUAUCCGCGUUAUUAGUAGUUGCGGCUGGCGUCGCUGCCGCAACUAACCCCCCCCGCUCAGGCAAGAUCGCUCUGCGUGGCGGCGACGGCAGCGUGACCAGCGGGACCACAACACCUGGCGGGCGCGGCGGCAGCGGCGAUUCCCACACCGUUUCGCACGGCGACUCGCACGGCGAUUCGCGGCACGGAGGGAUUCUUGGCGGCGGGAGUGACGAGGAGAGGGAGGACGACGACGGAGGCCACGGCGGGCAUGGCGGCCGGGGGCAUGACAGCGACGAGGACGACUCUACUACUGAUGACGACCAUAACAGCGAGCACGAGGGCGAAGCUAACAGCGAUGAUGAUAGCGACGACGACAGCGAGCAUGGCGGUGGUGGCAGCAGCCAUGGCGGCGGGCUGUGCGGGCGGGGCGGGUGCAGCAACGAGUCAGGCGAGGUGGGGUACUGGAAGCUGCCCGACUAUGGCCGCUGCUCCAUCGGCACCGUCAGCAGCGGUGGUGCGCCGAGGAAGGCAGAUGAGGCGUGGUGUGCGGGGGCGGCGGUGGGCGUGAAGGAGUGUUGCAGCCGAUGCAGCAGCGUCAAUGCCACGGCUGAUGGCACACCCUUCAACUGCCGCCACUGGGCGCACAUUCCAUCUCCCGACUCUCACGACCGCCACAGCAGCGAGCAGCGAGGCAAGUGCGUCCUCCUGCCGGCCGUGGACGCGCUCACGCCCGAGAAGGCCCGCAAGGGGCGGUGCGGCACCAACACGGGCGACGACACGGUGCGCGUGGGGCGGCGGUGUGCGUACGGCGAGAACGACCCGCACUUCCUGGGCGCGCACGGCACGCGGUUUGACUUUAACGGGCUGCCAGACCGCUCCUUCUGCCUCUACACCGACCGCCAAGUGCACGUCAACAUGGCCAUGCGCGGCUACCUCGACCACCGCCCCCUCCCGCCCUCUGCUGGUAACCGUAGCAUGCUGGCUGCGGCUCGUUUUGUCAACGGCUCGGCCGUUCGCACGUGGAUCCGACAGCUGGCGAUCAUGUGGCACGACGGCGAGAGCAGCAACAGCAACAGCACAAGUGCUCACUCACUCGUGCUGACGGCACGGGAUGGCAAGGAGCAGACUCGCGGCGCUCAAGGCUUCCUUGCAUCCGCCACUCUUGACAACAAGCCUCUCCCACGCCUGACUCUUGGCGAGAGCCAUGUUCUCUCAAAUGCGCAGCUGAUUUUGUCCUUUGUGGGCCAGGAGAAGACCGGCCCGUUCGACGUGGACGUGUACACCCUCCGCCUGGAAAAUCUCCUGGAGCUCGAGUUGAAGCUGCGCGCAGCGCACCCUCUGUUGCAAACACCUGAGGACGCGCAGGUGCACAUCAACCUGAUGUUUGUGGACUCGAAUCCGAGCAGGCAGGUGCACGGGGUGAUGGGGCAGACGUACCGCAGCGGCAGGGAGCAGCGCACCAUGGAGUAUUCGAGGCUUGCUGCUCUGCUGCACCACCCUGUGUCGGUGGAUGGGGAGGAGGGCAAGGGGUUUCUGGAUGGGCAGGUGGGGGAUUAUGAGACGUCGGGAGUGACUGCCACUGACUGCAGAUUCACUGCUUUCAAUGGCGGCCAGCUGCCUCUGCUGGCAGAGGAAUGA